CUCGGAUUUACAUUUUUACUUUCACUAAAGAGGGAAAUGAAUGUUUCCCGUAGAUAAAUACAUGUAUACAUAUUUUAAUGCAAAUUUUAAGUCAAAUGGCAGCUGUGGGGACAUGGUCUUUCUCUCGUCCUGCUGUGGAGAGAAUGAGUUGUAUGCUGCUAGCUGGACAAAAUGCUACUGAUGUUGUAGAAACAGUAAUGGCAGAGUUUGAAGAUGAUGCAGACACGGGACGGCACAUUGUUGGCAGAGGAGGAUAUCCAAAUUGCAAGGGAGUGGUUGAAUGUGAUGCUGCAAUUAUGGAAGGUGUGCCAGGGAGAUUUGGGGCAGUGGCUGCACUGCGAGGUAUUGCACAGCCAUGUCGUGUAGCUCGCAAAGUAAUGGAGAAGAGUCCUCACAGCUUGCUUGUUGGAGAUGGAGCAGAAGCAUUUGCUCAGGAUCUAGGUUUUACAUCUGAGGCCAAUGACAAUAUGCUCUCUCACCAUACAGCUACUGCUUACCGGGAAUUCCUUGAAAAAAAUCAACCUGUUAGUGGUGGGCAUGAUACAAUAGGUCUUAUUGCUCUCGAUCUAAGCGGAAACAUAACAGUAGGAGUUUCUACAUCAGGAGCUCCCUUCAAAUCACCAGGGAGGGUGGGAGAUUCUCCGCUUCCAGGCUGUGGUCUAUAUGCUGAUCAUACAGUGGGGGCUGCAGCAGCUACAGGAGAUGGAGACAAAAUCAUGUGCUACUGUCCAAGCUUUCAUGUUGUGCAGCUAAUGAAACAAGGCUCAUCUCCUAGUGAAGCCUGUCAUGCUGUACUUGCCGAUAUACAGAGGAGAAUAGGUGACGAUAAAUGCUUUGAAAUUGGGCUUAUUUCUUUGAAUAUGAAGGGAGAGGUCGGAGCUGCAUCUUCUGUGGAAUUUCCAUACACAUUCUGGAACCAAGGGCUGGAUUCAGUGAAGGAGCUUAUUAACCAACCAAAAUCCCUAAACGUUUAAUUUCUACUCAUUAAGCAUGUGGGUGCAUAUAAAACCUCAUUACUUUUAACAUUUAUGUUCAACUU